GUCGCAGUACGUACAAACCGAGCAGCUGUCUCGCCGCCGCCCCACCCAGUCAUGUGAGGAGACGUGUCAUGACCGCGGCUCUCCCCCAGGGGGCGCCCCGCCCAGUCCAGCCCUCUCCCUAUAUUUAGUCAGCAGGUCUGAGGAUUCCCGUCAGUGGGUGAGCCCUGAACGAGAACAUCAUGGUACACUACGUAGAGAGCCUGCCUGAAUUUAAGGCCAUUAUUGAAAGCGGUGGUGAUAAACUCAUAGUUGUCGAUUUUACUGCAACAUGGUGUGGACCGUGCCAAUUUAUAGCUCCUUUCUAUGAGUCUCUUGCUACUAGCUUCCCUGGAAUUCUCUUAUACAAGGUUGAUGUGGAUGAAGCAUCGGAAAUAGCUGGUGAAUGUGCUGUAAGAGCCAUGCCAACAUUUCAUUUUUACAAAGGUGGACAGAAGGUUGAUGAACUUUGUGGUGCUGAUAAGGAUAAACUUGAGGCUCUUGUCAAAAAGUGGACAGCAUGAAGAAGUUGUAUAAAAAGUUAUCGCAUGCAGACACUGCUAUUGGCCUUAAGAGUUGAACCACCAGACAUUAUCUCAUGUAUUUUCCUGCAGUCAGUCCUGUAAAUUUUUCUUGGUGGGAUAGCAACUACCUCCACUUAAAAGGGUUGUGGUCAUCAGCAGCCUUGGAGUUAUUUGGCUUUUAAUAAAUCUUUUUUUUUUCCACAAUCUCUGUACAUUGGGGUUGUGUAUAAACACUUCCUAAUGUAUUAAACAUUGUCCAGUCUGUAGUAUAUAAGUGGAAAUCAUGUGACUGCUUUAUCAGUACUUUCCACUAUAGUCCCUAUGUGUGUACAUACAAAGAAACACUCAAAUUGAACUGUGCUGACCAGUUCCUUGCUGUAUAAUCUAAACAGUAACUCUAGGUGCAGCACCAUUUAUUGGUUACUUUUCCACAAGAUUUUGCUGUUAUUUAUGGCCUGUUACACAUAAGAAUCUUUUAAAAUGGCUGUCUUCAUUUCACAGUUAUUUGACCUGCUUUAAGUACAAUGCUUCUCUGGUGUCAACUAUUUCUCUUAGCAUGGGUGUAAUUUACAGGAUAAAGUAUAUUGAACCUAUAGUAUAAUGAAAUGCAUUUAUAAAGAGGAAAAAAAAAUUACAAACACAGUUUGAUCUUGCAUUUGAAACAUAACUGGAUCAGAUAAGAACCGUUGGGACUACUUUACUGUGUGUCUGCGGCCUUCUACUCAAUACACUAAGUUCUAUGCAACAACAUUCUAGUAUUUCCCAAAGUUUAAUGUCCUGUUUUAAUUUUUAUUUUUUUCCCCAGUUAAAUGUUUUCAUUAAAAUUUUAAGAAACUAAA